AUGGACACCGCACGAGAAUGGCUCACGUGGAGCUUCAGCCCGACCAUCGGAGCCAUGCUCUUCACCCUGCUGCUGGCCUUGUCGCUACCCAUAAUCUUCCACUUGAUCUUGUACCGCCAGAGCACCGCUAAUGUCGUGCCUUCUUUCGUCCUGCUAGGUCCUAGUGGUGCCGGCAAGACCACUCUCCUUACCCUACUCGAGCGCGGCGCCCCGACUGCUACACACACUUCGCAAGCUCCCCAGACCGUCACCUGCACACUGCCUACCGGUGUCUCGGCUGAAUCGCAGAAAUACCGCGCCUCGGACGACCCUUCCAAGAAAGAGCGCCAGGUCCAAGUGACCGACACACCCGGCCACGGCAAGCUGCGCCAGCACGCUUACGACGCCAUUACUUCCACCACCUCUCUCAAAGGCCUGAUCUUCAUCGUCGAUGCGGCUGCUCUGUCUAGCCCUCAGGGACUCUCCGAGGCUGCCACGUACCUUCACGACAUACUGCUUGUACUGCAAAAGAGACACACUGGAGCCAAGAGCAGUAAAGGCCCCGCUGGAAUCCCUGUGCUGAUCGCAGCCAACAAGCUGGAUCUAUUCACCGCACUACCCGCUCAACUUGUUAAGAAGCGGCUGGAAGAUGAAAUUACAAAAAUCCGAUCAACUAGGGCAAAGGGACUGCUCGACAGUGCAGUCGACAUGGAAGAUGACGAGGAUAGAGAAUGGCUGGGUGAAGGCGGUGAGGGCAGCUUUAACUUUGGGCAGAUGAAAGAGGCCGAAAUCGAGGUCAGUGUGCUCGGAGGCAACGCCAGUGCGAAGGGCGAGGAAAAGAGUCAAGCGGAUGCGUGGUGGACAUGGAUUGCACAGCAGAUGUAA